UCACGAUGACUGUCGAUGCGUGAAACCCAUAUGGAAACAGCCAAAAAGGAGUUUGAAUAGGAAUAUUGAGCCUUGCUGUUGACGUAAAAUUAACCUGAGCAGUCCACAACAGUCAACAUGAACAAUAUGAAUAUGUCAAUGGGAACCACAUCCAUGUCCGGCAUGGGAGACAAGAUGACCGGCAUGACCGGCAUGACAGGCAUGGGAGGCAUGGGAGGCAUGGGAGACACGGGAAACGGUAUGGGUGGUAUGCACAUGGGCGGUAUGCCUGGAGGUAUGCCAGGAAUGAUGCAAAUGUACUUCCACACUGGGGUAAAGGAGUACAUCUUGUUUGAGACAUUGCUCACCUCUACAGCUGGAGAUAUGGGCGGAGCUUGUGUGGCAAUAUUUUUCCUGGCAGUACUCUACGAGGGCCUGAAGGUGCUUAGAGAGCACUUACUUAGGAAAAGUCUGACCACCAACAGAUACAGCAGUGUCACUGCGACAGGAAAUGGCUUCUCUCAAGACACUUCUGUCAUAGAUCCUAGCAAAUCAAAAAACAACAGCUAUAACCUUCAGGAACAAAGAACAUUACGCAAUGUACACAUACUGAGUGGCAGUCAUUUUCUACAGACCUUCCUUCACAUGGUACAAGUAUUUGUCAGCUAUUGCCUCAUGUUGGUGUUCAUGACAUACAAUGCCUGGCUCUGUAUAGCUGUCAUUCUUGGAGCUGCUGCAGGCUACUUCCUGUUUGGCUGGCGCCGGUCAAUUGUGGUGGAUCUUAACGAACAUUGCCAUUAGCUUCCGGGAACAAUCAAUGCUUCCAAGUUGUGAUUAUAAUUAUCUAUUGUUUUGACAUUGUAGAUUUUACUAAGAGAAAAAUCUUUAUGAUGAUGAAAAUGUAUCACAAGAAAGAUACUUCAGAAAUCAUUUAUGGUGUUUAAUGGGAACAGAUAUGGGGUGAAUCUGUGGGUCAGGGUUAUUGAUGAUAAAAAUGGGAAAGGAAAAUGUGUUCAUGAUAUAGUGAGGGUUUUAGUUUUGAACAAAGGGAUGGAUUGAAAGGAUGAGUGUUAAAUUGGUGAUAAUUUGUGACUGAGGGAGUGUUUUGUAGCGGCGGAAUAGUUUUGUGUUGUUUUGUAUAAUAUUUUAAUCAAAUAUUUCAAAUAUCAUAAGAGCCAGAAUUAAUGUAGUUUUGGUAGAAGAUGUAUCAGAAUGUUAUUGGAAACUAGACAUUUGAUGAGUUGCAUUUGUUACAGGAAAUGCUUCCUAGAUAUGUGAUAGAGUGCAAGAUUACAUAGAAAUGCAUUGUUUAACAAUGCUGAGGUACAUUUCUUGAAAAAUAUAUUUUUAUGAAAAACCAAAACAUGUAAAAUAAUAUGAUAUUGCAAACACUUAGAUUUUUAUAUUUGAUUUCAUCUUUUUGUUUUCUUCAUGCUUUGAAUUGCUAUGUAGAACUCUGAUAUAAACAAACUUUCAUGAAGCUUGUGGUGUCACCUCCAGUUUCAAGAAUAAAUGUGAAUUAUAUGACAGGUUGUACUAAAAGUACAGAUGAUAUAUAUAAUGUACUGGUAACUUUAACCAUGUAAUUUACUUAAUGUAUAGUGACUACUUAAAUUUACUGUCCUUCAUACACUAUUUUUUUUUUUUUUCAAGAAAUGAAAUAAUUAACAAGUUGUACACAUAUCUCAUUUAAAUGACAUAUACUCAGUUUCUAAUGUGCAGAUACAUUGUUAAUGUCAUCUAUUCUCUGCCAAUUGGAUAUUGAUACUUAAUACUGUAUAGGUUUUCACUUGGAUCACAUCUUGUGUUCUUCAGUAUUAUAUCAAGAGUUAUGGCCCUUAUAGAUUUAAAUUAUACCAAAUUUCCAAGGUUUGGGACAAAUGUUAGGGAGUUUAUGUCAAGUUCCAGAAUAGGGUGAAAACAGAUUACUAUCAACUAUAAUUGUAGAAUAUAUGGAUGAAAAAAGUAGUUUCUGGAAAAUAUGUAAAGUGACACUGACAGGACACUGAGUUUUAUCCACUGGCUAUAAAUGAUGAGGAGAUCUUGUGAAAUAUGCUUAUAUAUUCUUGAAAUUGAUGAUAUUUUAUUUGAUCCAGAAAUGAUGAAUUACGGAACAUGAAACAGUAUUUUUAUUGUCAUUGACUCACACAGCCUAAGACUUCUUCCAGUAGAGGAAAACCUUACCUGCUUCCAGGCGGACAAUCCAUUUAAUGAAAUAAUGGAAAUAUUUCAAAUUUAUCAGAAUCACUUGUACAUUACACAUUGACUUAGAUUACUUGAUAUUCAUUUACAAAUUCACAUUGUUUUCAAAAACAGCGAUUUGCAUGUAAAAGCAGGCAAAGAUUCACAGAAUUAUUUGUAUAGCUUUCAAUGCAAGAAUUGUAUUAAUGUACGCAUUAGUGAUGUUUAGUAUUUUGUUUAUAUAAAAAGGAUUCACUAGCGGUAUAUUUUUUUAUUCACAUUUUUGUAUAUUAAGCAUUAUGUUAUUUCAUCAACUAUAUGUUUGAUAUAGUUAGAUGACAUGUACAUAUAAAUUGUUUUUUGUCUUUCCUUCAGAAAUGUUCAUUUUCAUUUUUAUUUCCACUUUGAUUGAUAUGCAGCGAAUUCUGCGAAGACUGACCUGAUUAGCUCUCUCUAAAAUGAACACAAUAUAUUAGCACCAAUUAAAAAAAAAUUGGAUUAUACAGGUUCAUUGUGUAACAGAAUUAAUGAGAUACAACCAGCAUGUGAGUUUGUUGUAUCCUUCCCUAAACAGCUACACACACUCUCUCUCUCGAGCAAUAUAUAACUGGAGUUUUCCAUCAUCUAACUAAUAGUGGAUAUUCAGAUAAGACAGCAGUUUUGAACAUAAGUAUCAACCUGCUGAAAAUAUUGAUGGAGAAAAUUUGGUAUGAUGCUUUAUUUAUAUAUUUAUAAUUUUAUUUGUAAAUUUUGGAGCAAUACUACUUUAAGGUUGACUAGAAUACGAGGAAUUAUAUCCCUUGUAUGUCAGUUGUAUGUAACUUAUUGAACUAUUAAUAGGAAAGUAGGCUCUACUUAAACAAUUUUUUCUAGAGUUUUUAAUUUCUUUAAACUCUGAAAAAAGUAGAAAUUGUUACAUUUUUGAAAAGCUGAAAAUAUUGCUUUGUUAGAUGAAAGAUUUUUGAA